AUGUCAGAGCUUAUUCUUAAACCAUAUUGUAGUAGAAUAUUAACUCCAGAACAAGUUGCAUUUAAUAAAGCGAUGUCCUCAGUACGCCAAGCUGUGGAAUGGGGAUUUGGCAAAGUUAUAAUAGAAUUUGCUUUUUUGGAUUUCAGAAAAAACCAAAAACUCCUUCUACAACAUGUAGGCCAAAUGUAUAAAGUUGGUGUAAUUUUAACUAACUGCCAUACAUGCUUAUAUGGAAGUCAAACAGGAACUUAUUUUAAUAUAGUUCCACCCACAUUAGAACAGUACUUAAAUAUUUAA